UGGCGGCAUCCGGUUCCCAGGUUAUAAUACUCCAGUAUCGCCAAAAGAAGAAGGCCGGCUACUGGUAUCGCGUGCUCGUCGUCCGUGCGGAGAAAGAAGAAGAGAAGAAGAGGAGAAGGGGAAGCGGAGAUGGGAGGGUCGGUAGGGGUCAGACCUCUGCCGUUUACUUUCGCGGCGCACGUGCUGGCGGCGGCGGCGGCAGUGAUGGUGCUCGUGUGGAACAUCCAUUUCCGGGGAGGGCUCGCCUUCGAGUCCAGCAACAAAAACCUCAUCUUUAAUGUUCAUCCAGUUCUUAUGAUAAUUGGCUUCAUUAUCAUGGGAAGUGAAGCUAUAAUGAGUUAUAAAUCUUUUCCUUGGAGUCGUGAAGUAAAUAAAAUGGUUCAUCUGAUUCUUCAUGCGAUUGCACUGGUGCUUGGAGCUUUUGGAAUAUAUUUUGCUUUCAAGAAUCACAAUGAAAGUGGAAUUGCUAAUUUGUACAGCUUGCAUUCCUGGGUUGGGCUUGGUACAAUAUGCUUAUAUGGCAUUCAGUGGAUUUUUGGGUUUGUCACAUAUUUCUUUCCUGGUGCUCAGCCAAGUGUCAGACGUAAUGUUCUUCCUUUGCAUGUAUUUUUUGGGCUCUUUGUCUACAUUUUGGCCAUAGCCAAUGCAGAAUUAGGCUUUCUGGAGAAGCUGACUUUCCUAGAGAGCACAGGUCUUCCCAAGUAUGGUCCAGAAGCCUUUCUGGUAAAUUUUACAGCUCUUGUUGUGAUAUUGUUGGGAGUCACUGUUGUGAUAUCUGCUGCUACUCCUGCCCACACUGAAGAUUCCCUUAGUUAUUCUGCAAUAUAAGAAAAUCUGUAUAUAUUACCAGUUCUCCUAUAACCAUUAUUCUGUGGUAUUGAAAUGUCAUCACUUCUCUGCACAUAUACUUUAUAGUCUGCGUAUCUUGCUGUACUAGUCUUUUAUGGCACCCUCUUAAGUAUUUUCUGGUUGAACGGUUUUUUGAAAGAGGGAUUUGUAUAGGCUCUUUUAUAUGUAUAAAGUUUCUAUCCUGCUGAGAAUAACAAAUAUCUAACUAAAUGAUUUGCUGGUGCAA